UUACCUUUGGCUUCAAAAUCUGACACCCUUCGGAAAAAGUGUCUAAAUUUCUUUCGAAAAUGUUAAUUUUAGGCCAAAUACAUUUUGAAACUCGUACCGGAAGCUGAAGAGCCGAAUAAUUCCGAAGCUGAUAUGCCGAUGUAACACGAAGAAUUUAAUAAUGGCGCAAGCUUGAAACGUCAAAAGUGGUCUGUCACUCAAUAAAAAGGAAAAAUGUCGUUCGAUUUAAAUAAUACAUUCGGCUUUGAGCUGUUGAACAAAAUCUACGACUCUCAGGUUACUAAGAAGGAAGAUGUUCUCAUCCUCUUCGUGCACUGGUAUUUCAUUAAAAAUGGAUUCAGGUGCAUCGGACUCGGCGAUUCGAAAACACACGAUCCUGCUGAAAAGGGCUCAGAAUUGUUGCCUGAAGGGUGGAACCAGCAACCGAAUUACACACUUCGAUACGUACUAAACGACAAACUUUAUAUUCUACUGGGAACAAAAUCUGAAGCAGAUUUCCUUCUAAAUCUUCUGAGAGUGGAAGGUCACGAAGCAUCGAGCAUUCAAUUUCCGAUUGAAGCAACUGUAAUGGAUCUUCAUGGCCCUUUGCAAACAUUGAUCCCGACAUAUCAGACAGUUUUAGGCUCUGUUGAAAAAGAUCUUCUCUCGCCAAUUCACAGCAGCACAGCAGAAAUUUCGACUCAAACAUCUCAAUCAGCAAAUCCUGAUAGGCAAAGACUUGCCGAUAUUUUGACGGUAGGACCGCCGCAACGUCCUGUGCCUACAUUGCCACCUUGGAACCCAGAUAAUGAUCUUAGGGGAAUCGGCAGAUCAGAUUUAGAUCCUCUCGCACCAGGUGGAGGAGGAAUGCUAUUCGAUCCGUUUGGCCCACGUCCUGGAGGACAUCCUCUGAGACCUGGUGGAACUGGAGGCUUGGGAGUUCCUGGAAGACUUCCUUCAGGAUCGGUGCCUCCGGGAGCUAGAUUUGAUCCUUUCGGCCCACCUGAUAUUCUUCGACCCAGACCACCUUCAGGAAGACCAGACAAUGAUCAUCUUCCUCCCCCAGGUUACGACGACAUGUUCAUGUAAAUCAGAAUCUUUCCGUUAUCUAUGUUACAAAAAAAGGAACCUUACUGUUUUUACCAAUUUGUACUUUCUCAUUGCUAAAUAAAUGAAAC